GAUAUAAUGUAAAAUAAGUUACUAAGUGAUAUUUAGAUAUUAGGUAAAAGAAUUGAUCAAAAAAAGUUUUGAAAAAAAGAAAUCAUGGCACAAAUUGGUGGUUUUCGUGUACCCCCAUUUAAGGCUGCGCUAAAUGUAGCAUGGCAAACAGUUCGACAAACUUUACCGGAUAAAAAUCGUGUUGGUGCAGAGAAUUCAACAGAACGUUUACCACCAGAGCGGGUACGUUUUGCUGCACCAAAUGAUCAACCAAUGACCACUGGUGGAUCAUUCGAUCAAACAGAAAUGUCGAAUUUUAAUCCACAACAAAUGCAACAACAACCAGUACAUUCCUCAAAUCCAUUUAAUCCAUUUUUACCACAAAAUAAUAUUGCCGAAGAUAGUUUUACUCAAGGUUAUCAACAAAGUGAUAAUGCAUUUCCGGCACCAGUACGUCAAGGUUCAGUUGGAUCACAGUUUGGCAGUGGUUCAGAGAGUAGUUUUGGCGGUGCUGAAGGUGGAAAAUCGAAUAUCAAAAUUAAUGAAUGGCAAGCUGCCUGGAAUGUUACAAAUGCUAUUCAGGGUAUGUUCAUUGUAUCACUACCAUUUGCCGUGCUACGUGGUGGCUAUUGGGCAAUUGUUGCUAUGAUUGGUAUUGCAUAUAUUUGCUGUUACACUGGGAAAAUUCUGGUCGAAUGUUUAUAUGAAUUUGAUCCACAAACUGGACGACAAAUACGUGUACGAAAUUCAUACGUUAGUAUUGCCAAAGAAUGUUUUGGCCCAAAAUAUGGCGCACGUGCUGUGAGUAUCGCUCAAAUAAUUGAAUUGUUAAUGACAUGCAUAUUAUAUGUGGUCGUAUGUGGUGACCUAAUGGUUGGUACAUUCCCAACAGGAAGUAUCGAUACAAGAUCAUGGAUGAUGCUAACUGGUAUAUUUUUAAUUCCAUUAGGCUUUCUCAAAUCUUUACAAUCUGUUUCAUUACUAUCAUUUUGGUGUACAAUGAGUCAUUUAUUUAUCAAUGCAAUCAUUUUGGGCUAUUGUUUAUUAGAAAUAUCUGAUUGGGGUUGGAGUAAAGUCAAAUGGAGUUUUGAUUUUGAAAAUUUUCCAAUAUCAUUAGGUGUGAUUGUAUUCUCAUACACAUCACAAAUAUUUUUACCAACGUUGGAAGGUAAUAUGGAGGAUCCAAGUAAAUUUGCUUGGAUGUUAGAUUGGUCACAUAUUGCAGCCGCCAUAUUUAAAUCAUUAUUUGGUUAUGUAUGUUUUUUAACAUUUCAAAAUGAUACCCAACAAGUUAUUACUAAUAAUUUACAUUCAGCUGGUUUUAAAGGUUUAGUUAAUUUUUGUUUAGUAAUCAAAGCAAUAUUAAGUUAUCCAUUACCAUAUUAUGCAGCUUGUGAGUUAUUAGAACGUGCUUUCUUUCGCGGCAAACCGAAAACACCAUUCCCAACAAUAUGGGCAUUAGAUGGGGAAUUAAAAGUAUGGGGUUUAGCAUGGAAAUUAGGUGUUAUUUUGUUUACAAUUUUAAUGGCCGUAUUUAUACCACAUUUCUCAAUAUUAAUGGGUUUCAUUGGAAGUUUUACUGGUACAAUGUUAAGUUUUAUAUGGCCAUGUUAUUUUCAUUUAAAAUUAAAGGGUAGUACUCUUGAUCAAAAAACUGUUUUAUAUGAUUAUUUUAUUAUCAGUUUGGGUGUACUGUUCGGUGUUAUUGGGGUAUACGAUUCUGGUACGGCAUUGGUUAAAGCAUUUGAAAUUGGAUUGCCUUUUUAAAAAAAAAGAAAAAGUUAUCAAUUAUCAAUUACGUAUUAAUUAAUUAUUAUUAUUAGAAAGCUACAUACAGCUUUACAAGUUUAUCAUAAAAAGCUGCCAAAUAAUUUUAAAGUUGUUUAUAUAAUACAAG